AUGUUCACUCAGUUAGUACCUCUGAAAUCACAAAGAGAUGGUUUCCGAAUUCUGGACAUAGGUUCUCGUCUUGGUGCAGUUAUCUAUGCUGCUUCUAUAUACGGGUCUGGUGCGGUAACACAUUUGUCACUGAUGUCAUCCGCGAUUUCAAUCUACAGGUUGUCCAACAUUGAAGUGGUUUGUGCGGAUGUUCGUAGCAGAUACGAUGUGGUGUCCCAGGCUGACUUGAUUGUAAUGAACAACGUCUUCUCCUUCUUCUGGGAUACCGAGCAGCAGGCUGACUGUUUCGAAUUUAUACACAAGCACGCGAAGAAAGGUUGCUUCAUAAUCCAUAACCCUGAUAUCGAAACGGCAUCGGCCCAUUUAAAGUUGCCGUUUACAAUUAACGAGUGGAUUGAGAAGGUCAAUUCCACCGCAACCUUUUGUUGCAAUUUUACAUUUGCUUCACUUUUCUUUACCCUGAGAUCAUUCUCUUACCAUUUUGUUCUGAUUUACGUAAAACAUAUCCGCUUGUGUUCAAUCAGACAAAAAUUAUGA